AUGAUUACCUCUACUAUUCGCUUUGUUUCCCUUCGCAGAGGCCCUACGGUGGCCCGAAACUUCUGCUCAACCUCUGCAGUCCGCGCAGCCGAGGUCAAGUCACUGGGCGUUAUCGGUGCAGGCCAAAUGGGCUUGGGAAUUGCGCUCGUUGCUGCACAAAAGGCAAAGGUCCCAGUAACCCUUGUUGAUACCUCGCAGGCCUCUCUGGAUAAGGGCCUCAAGUUUGCCGAUAAACUUCUCGAAAAGGAUGUAGCAAAGCAGCGCCUUACUCGAGAGGCAGCUGAUGAAGCUCGUGGGCUUAUUUCUACGAGUUUGACGCUGGAGGGUCUCUCCGCAGUCGACUUCGUCAUUGAAGCUGUGCCUGAGGUUCCUGAUCUGAAGACAAAGAUAUUUGCCAGCUUGUCCCAGAUCGCCCCGAAGCAUGCUAUUCUCGCAACAAACACCUCCUCCAUCUCCAUCACCAAGAUUGCCGCUGCCACUAGCGCGGAUCCUACCGACCUCCAGGCUUCCUCCCGGGUCAUCUCAACGCAUUUCAUGAACCCUGUUCCCAUCCAGAAGGGUGUGGAGAUUAUCCGGGGACUCCAAACAUCCCAGGAGACCAUGGAUACUGCCAUUGCCUUUGUCCAGCGAAUGGGUAAGGUGGCCUCCGUGUCGGCCGAUACACCUGGCUUCCUUGCCAACCGUAUCUUGAUGCCUUACAUCAACGAGGCCGUGAUUUGUCUGGAGACUGGCGUUGGUGCCCGUGAGGAUAUUGACAACAUUAUGAAGACUGGCACCAACGUGCCCAUGGGCCCCCUCGUUUUGGCUGAUUUCAUUGGCCUCGACACCUGCCUUGCAAUCAUGAACGUUCUCCACCAGGAGACUGGUGACAGCAAGUACAGACCUGCUGGUCUCCUGCGUCGUAUGGUGGACGCUGGUUGGCUCGGCAAGAAGAGCGGCAAGGGUUUCUACGACUAUUAG